CAUCACCACAUUAUAAAAAAAGGCGUGUGGCCUCAAAUUAUGUUUAGAAGAUUUGUAAACAAAGAGGCGAGAGCGUUUAACGAUGGAGAAGAACGCACUCUGGCUGCUGUGCAUUCUGGUGUUGCCGGUGAUAGCCUGUGGUAAUAAGGAGGAUGACCUGGUUACCGGUUUACCGGGUCAACCACCGGUUAACUUCAGACAUUACUCCGGGUACGUGAAUCUCGGGCCUCGACAGAAGCAGAAGUCACUUUUCUACUGGUUCUUCGAAGCUCAGCAAAACACCGCUCGCCGUCCUCUAGUCCUCUGGCUCAACGGAGGACCUGGUUGCUCAGCGAUCGCCACUGGUGCUGCGCAAGAACUAGGCCCGUUUCUGGUCCAUACCAAAGGUGGCAACCUCACCUUCAAUGAAUUCUCUUGGAACAAAGAGGCCAAUAUCUUGUUCUUGGAAGCACCGGUAGGCGUUGGGUUUUCGUACAGUAAUAACUCAACUGAUCUUCAAAACCUAGGAGAUCAAGUUACUGCAGAGGAUUCUCUUGUGUUUUUGAUCAACUGGUUCAAGAAAUUCCCCGAGUUUCGUUCAAACGAGUUUUACAUCACCGGAGAGAGUUAUGCAGGUCACUAUGUUCCUCAGCUUGCGGAGGUCAUUCACGACAGGAACAAGAAGGUUACAAGAGAUUCUCGCAUCAAUCUCAAGGGAAUCAUGAUUGGAAACCCAGUGAUCAAUGAAGCGACCGACGCUGCAGGAAUAGUUGACUACGCGUGGAGCCACGCCUUAAUAUCGGACGAGGUUCAUAAACUCAUUCACGACUCGUGCCGGUUUGGAGAUAAACUAACGGCACAAUGCAACAAAAGUUUCACAGGGUUUACAGCUUACGCUGCGAUCAAUAUAUACAGCAUCUACACUCCCGUUUGCCUCUCCUCCUCGCCAUCUUCUAAAAACCAUACGCGUGUUAUGUCUGAUCAUAAUCUCCUCACUUCACAAGAUAUCUGGGGUAGGUUACCUUACGCGUACGACCCGUGCACACCACACUAUGCCGAGAAAUAUUUCAAUAGGAAAGAUGUGCAGGUCGCACUUCACGCAAACGUCACAAACAUACCUUACCCGUACACAGCUUGCAGUUCGGUGAUAAAAUGGACUGAAGCUCCGACCACGGUGAUUCCCAUCAUCCAAAAGCUCUUGAAGGGUGGCCUCCGCAUUUGGCUCUAUAGCGGAGAUACGGAUGGGAGACUUCCAGUAACAUCUACGCGCUAUAGCUUAAGGAAGAUGAGACUUAAGGUGGAGUCACCAUGGAGGUCAUGGUUCCACAAGAGUGAAGUGGCUGGCUGGGUUGAGACUUACGCAGGAGGACUAACUUUUGUCACCGUGAGAGGCGCUGGUCAUCAGGUUCCGCUCUUUGCUCCGGCGCAAUCCCUCACCUUAUUCUCACACUUUCUCGCUUCCCUCCCAUUGCCUUCUUCUCGUUUCUAAUCGGCACCACAAAUGAUCAAGUCAUUGCAUGUUUCUAUGGAAAAGUCAAGAUCUCAGUGUGUCUUUUGUUUUUUUUUUUGGCUUGUUUUGCGAUUAUCAUGUUAGCUGUGUGGUGAGAAUAAUGUAAUACUCUUCCUAGAGUCCAAUGUAUAUAUGAAUGUGAGAUAAAUGGAAUAAAACAUAGGAAAAGCUUUGAACGUCUC